AUGACGAGCUACCCGGCGGUUUCUGCUGAGACUGAGCUGGCUCAACUGAAGGAACUGCUUGCAAGGCAAACAUCAGCGAGAGAAGAGUUGCAUCUGGCUGUUUCAAGCAAGGAUGCGGCGAGACUGCAGACGGCUUUGCAAGCAGCACAAGGCUUGCUGCUGGAUGUGGAGGUGCAGUGGGGCCAGCAGGAGCUCACGAAAGCCUCUUCCAGAACAGAGUCGUGGCAGGACGGGGAAGAGGCGAUGGUGAUCCCGUCCGCUGAGCAGCUUGAGCAGCUUUUAGCCGAGGACGAGGAGCGCCAGCGCCGGGAGGAAGCCGAGGCAGCAGCCGAGGAGCAACGGAAAGCCGCCGAAGCGGAAGUGGCUUGGAAGAAGGUGCAAGAUGCGAUCAACGCCGACGACGAGGGCGCAUUGCUAAAGGCGCUUAGUGACGUGGAAGGCAAGCUGCCUCCGGACCGGGUUGCCGCAGCGAGGCGAAGGAUUCCUGCCAUGCGAGCCCGGGCGGAGAUGCGGAAAGAGCUGUCUUCGGCCAUCCGGAAAUCAGAGCUCGAGGAGGAGACCGUUACACUCAAGCACGUGAUUGCCACCGCCAAGCGCUCCUGCUUGCCACAGGCUGAAGUGCUGGAGGCAGAAGCCGUCCUCAAGCGAAUGGAGGCCGAGCAGCGAAAGGCCAAGGCGGAGAAGGCGGCGGCCGCCGCCGGGCCGCGGAGCCGGGAGCCACCGCCGACUGGCGCAGAAGCGGCCCAGGCUCCGCCGUCGAGCAAUGAGGUCAAGGCACCUGCGACCAAGUUGGAACUAGCUGUUCUCAGCAAGGACAAAGAGCAAAUACAAGAAGCACUCGCGGAGUUGAAAGCCUCGGGAAUGUCAAACCAAGAGCGGAACUAUUUGUACGCGUGUGCACGUGCGAACUUCGGGGGGCGUUGA